AUGGACCAGCGCGUUCAUCCUGAAGAAUUUCUUGGUCUUCAAAGAGGAGACGUUCCUGUCAUCCGCAAUGCGGGAGGCCGAGCUAGAAGGGCUGUUCUCGAUGCCGCCUUCCUCGACGCACUCAUCACAAUCACCGACAUUAUUGUUAUUCACCACACCAAUUGCGGCCUCACCCUUAUGACUGAUGAGAAGGUUUCCAAGGCUUUGGGCGAGCGCUCCACUAAAGAGCUGGCCAAGCAUGACAUAGAUGGUUACUGCAUCACCGAGUAA